UAAAAUUUAAAUAUUAUGUUAAUCUCCCUCAAUCCGACUUAUUCCCAAGUUACAUGCAGUAGCAAGUGCAUUCACAGUUUAAAACCCCAAACUUCUCAUUUGACAAGUCUUAGACCUCUCUCUUCAUCAGUCCCUUAUUUUUUUCAAAGAACUAAAGAAAAUAGAAAAUAUGAAACCAGCUAUGUUUGUGGACCUGGGUCCACCCCAUUGUUGGGUCUAACAAUUGGACAGCUCUUGGAAAAUACAGCAAACAAAUACGGUGACAGAGAGGCUGUUGUAGUUAUUCACCAAAACAUUCGAAAGACAUAUCAGCAACUACUAAAUGAUGCAAAUCAAUUAGCAGCUGGAUUUGUUUCACUGAAACUUAAACGUGGAGACAGGAUUGGCAUCUGGGGGCCUAACUCAUAUGAAUGGGCUCUGACUCAAUGGGGAGCAGCAAGAGCUGGCCUUAUUCUGGUAAAUAUAAAUCCAUCCUAUCAACCCCUGGAAUUAAAAUAUGCCUUGAACAAAGUUGGCAUUAAAACCCUUGUAGCUGCAGAGUCAUUUAAAAAUCUUGACUAUUUCUCCAUCUUGAACGAAGCCGUGCCUGAAAUCAAAGAAACAAAAGAAAUGGAUUUUAUCAAGAGCCGCGAGGUUCCCACCCUAGAAAGUGUGAUUAUGAUAUCUGAUCGCAUUGAAAAGGGAACAUGGCGCUUUCAAGACAUUAUGCAAAUGGGAGGCAACAAUGAAUUGAAGGAAAUUGGUGGAAUUCAAAGUAAAAUCCAGUUUGACGAACCAGCAAAUAUUCAAUUCACUUCGGGUACUACGGGGAGUCCUAAAGGAGCUACCUUGACGCAUCAUAACAUCGUCAAUAAUGGAUACCUGAUGGGACUGCGAACGGGCUACCAUCUUAAGGCGCAUCGGCUUUGCCUUCCAGUUCCACUUUAUCACUGCUUCGGAUGUGUUAUGGGUGUACUCAGUGCAGUGAGCCACGGAGGAAGUUAUGUACUUUCCAGUCCCGCUUUUAGCGCAAGAAAAGCUGUCAAGGCCGUAGAGCAAGAGAGAUGCACUUCGCUCUAUGGUACACCGACAAUGUUUGUCGACAUUCUAAAUCUGCCUGAUUUAAAAAGCUACGAUCUAAGUAGCCUAUCAACUGGAUACAUGGCUGGAGCUCCGUGCCCGCAAUCGAUUGUCAAGGCUGUCGUUCAUGAUCUUCACAUGAAAGAUUUUGUGGUGGCAUAUGGAAUGACAGAAACCAGCCCAGUGACUUUCUCCGGAUAUUCUAGUGAUCCGUUAGAAGUGCGACACUCAACCAUAGGAUUUCCUAGCGAUUACACUGAGGUUAAAGUGGUUAAUGAAGAUGGACAUAUUGUCCCCAUUAACACACCUGGAGAGCUGUACACUCGUGGAUAUUCUAAUAUGUUGAAAUACUGGAACGAUGAUGAGAAAACAAAGGAGAUGAUUUCGGUGGAUCGUUGGUUACGUACAGGUGAUAUUGCUGUCAUUGAUGAAAAUGGUUAUGGUCAAAUCGUUGGACGGGCAAAAGACAUGCUCAUAAGAGGCGGAGAAAACAUUUAUCCGCGUGAAAUUGAAGAGUUACUUCAUACUCAUCCAGCCGUCGCAGAGGUUCAUGUUAUUGGCGUUCCUGACGUUAGAUUGGGUGAGGAAGUUUGCGCAUGGGUCCGCCUACGUCCCGGCUGCGUAGCGACGGAAGAUGAUCUUCGAAAUUUCUGUCGCGACAAGGUUGCCUACUUCAAAGUACCAAAAUACAUUCUAUUCCGGGACGACUUUCCUAAAACCGUAACGGGAAAAAUUCAAAAAUUCCGGAUGCGUGAAAUAACUGUGGCUGAAUUCAAUUUUGAUUCGUAACUCUGAAAUUUACGGAAAUAAAGUAAACUAUAUGCUAGAGCAA